UUGUCAAAAGCAGUCUGCACUCUGCAGCUGCAGUCUGGUGAGAGGUGAAUGGUUGUGCAAUUUAUUAUCCUACAUCUUUAAAAGAUUGUGUUUUAAUCACUAUUUACUUAUCAUGUGAAAUGUCUGAAGUGAAUAUAGUGAAAAAUGAGAAAAUUCAAAUCAUCAUUCAUGAGUUCUUAUACUUAACUCAAAAACUGUAUUCAAUUAACAAACAUGACUUCAGAACUUGAAGAAGUGGAUGCCGAAAAUGACUCUGAUAGAUUUGAGGACUCAGUAGAUCCACGAGUUCAGGUGGAAUUAGAAAGACUGAAUGCAGCUACAGAUGAUAUCAAUAGGCUUGAAGUUGAUUUAGAUGAGGCUCGAGCCGGAUUUCGUAGUCUACUAUGUGAAUCAACAGCACGCCUUGACACUGUAGGACGCAAGCUUGGAUCGUGUGUUGAAAAAGCAAGGCCUUAUUAUGAAGCAAGAAUAAAAGCCAAACAGGCACUCGUUGAAACGCAGUUGGCUGCUGUGAAAUAUGAAAGGGCGAACUCUGCUCAUGCUGCAGCCAAAGAAAUGGUUUAUCUUGCAGAAGAAGGAUUGUGCACCGAAGGAAGAACAUUCGAUCAUGCUUGGCAAGAAAUGCUUAAUCAUGCUACCAUGAGAGUGAAUGAGUCAGAACGAGAAAGAACUUUGAGUGAAGCUGAACAUAGGCGAACCUCGUUGACCUAUCAGCAUGCAGAAAUCCGCGUUCAACACUUACAGAAAGAUCUCAAGAAAUCCAUUAUAAAGUCAAGUAUGAAUACAUUUUGUGCUCUCAUGGCGCUUAAUCAUUUGGCAGCUGCAGCUUGUCACAAAGACUUACCCUAUUUCGAAUUGAAAGCACAAUUCAACCAAAUAUUCGAGGAACAAAAGUGCAGAGUGAAGGAAUUGGAGCAGAGAGUGAGUGCUGCUAAGCAAAGCUAUGCUGAAGCUCUCGGUAAUCUUGAACGGAUCAGCGAUGAAAUACAUAGAAUUAGGCAAUAUGAUCGAGAUCCCCAUCGGAAAAGGAUGAUUCGCAGCUUAGGUACUUCUGGAGAGUCCCAGGUUGCUCCAUCUACUGUUUCAGCCACUACAUUGAGCAGUUCUACUGAUCACUGGUCAGACUCAGGAUCGGCCGAUUCUGAAUCAGAGGAGCAAUAUUUGAGACUUCCAGACAGGUUAGGCCCUGUUGGAUCACCUAUCAUACCAAAGAAUCUUCAGGAGGAAGUACACUUGAACCGUUCAGAAAAAGCAAGCCUUUCUCCCUACACUAAAAUCAAACAGAGUAAAGAGCCCAACUCCAGAACUAAAGUGCAUCCUGAUAAACCUUUGUCUAGUGAACCAGCAACAGAUGCUGGACGAAAUGAAGCAGCGAACUCGGCGGAUAGCAGUCGAACCACCAAAGAAGAUGAAAACGUUAUACAAUCACUGUUCUCAAAAAUAGUUCCUUCCAAACUGAGACAAAACAAUGAACCUAAAGCAAGUGAUGACAGUUGGCUGGCCACAAGUGAUGAUGCGAAGUUGAAUCGAAGUAUGUGUCAAGUGCAGUUGGAGUCUUGCUCCGAAGCCAGCUUCACCCUAUCCAACAAAACUUCACCGGAAUCUGAUAAAAACUUGGAUAAGUCGGGAGAAGUUUGGACUGAAGUUGACUUGAAUGAGGCGUCGCAGGCGACCGAACCAGAAGACGCCCCUGAAGAAGGGGCAGCACUAAAUAAUGAAGAAGGAGCCGCGAGAUUUAAACUGGAUUCUGGUCUUUCUAAUUGGAUAUCCCGUUCCUCAGUCGAGCAGAACACAAGUGCCUCCAGAAGGCAAAGCUUGGAUACUCUUAUCAUGGGCAGUCUUGCUACGGGAGAGCGAGUCAAAGAGCUCUGGUCACAGGGUAUCAUGAAACUGAAUAUUUCGUCGCUAACAGAAAGAAGAUCUAGUGAUCCGCGCACUGAUAAACCAACUGCAGGCCAUAGCCUAUCACGGAAGGCUCCGUCGCCCCUUGACAAGUCCCUGCUAUGUCUCAAUGCCGAUGAUGAUAUGCCAUCCGAUAGUGAAAGCCUUGCCAGUGUUGAGAUGUUGAGUGACGAGCAAAUAUCUUGCCUCAUGCUUGAUCCAGAGAUACGGGAAGCUUGUCAAGAAGUUUUCAAGACAACUUCCAUUAGAGAAACUUCACAGAUACAUCUAGAUAGAGAUAAACAUCUAUAGGAGGUAUAUAUUUAACAAUGUUCAGUGAAUACAUACUUCAUUCUCUUCAUAUCAACUGUCGGCUUCAUCAAUGAGCAAUAAGAUGAAAUUGGUUCUUCCAGAAGUGUCUUAGGAAGUCUGCAACUUUGAAGUUUUCUUCACCUGAUCCUUGAAAUCAAACCUACUGAUUCUUCGGAGAGUCUACUGCUUGGUUGGGUAGAAUAUUUUCUCACUCAAGUGAUGAAAAUCAGUCUAGUUUUAUAGAUUUUUUAGCUUUAAUGAUAUGCCAAAUCAAUUUGUUUGAUUAUUUUAGUAAUCUAAAAUGAAAUUACUCCAGAUAGUGUCUAAUAGUAGUGCAAUAGUAUUGAUCUUAUUUAUUUAUAUCAUCCCAGGAUGUAAAAUAUUUAAUGUUCUCGUGUUAAGUGAAAAAAUUAUGUCACAAAUCGUUAGAAUAGCCUAUGAUAUAGAGUAGAUAAUUAGAUAUUAUUCAAUGAAGGACAUUCAACAAUGUUUAUAGCUAGUGUGGCUUUUAGUGCUUGUGUCUUAAGCACUUAUAGCACAUUAUUUGUUUUUUUUUUUCAAUUUCAGAACUUAUCAGCUUUUAAAAAGUAGGUGACUCGAAACUCACAACCGUGUUAAUUUCGAACUUACUCUAGUUAACUUUUUAUUAUUUGUAUUUCAAUAAAAAUGUUGUUCUGGAUGCAUUGACAUUUAUAUUGUUAUAAAUGCAUUAUUGCACUCACCAUCUGAUACCAUAGUGUCGUACACUAUGAAACUAUUUGGGAAUGAACUUCAAAAGUUCAAAACAAAUUAUAGGUCCAAAAUUAUAUUUUUUAAAACUACGCAAAGUCUAGUUUAUGGUACCUACUCCAAAGUUGUUUUCCAGUAUGAAGCUUUAUUCUGUUUCAGGAAGUCUAGUACUUUCAAUUUCAUGUUAUCAAAUAAAAAAGUCAUUCUAUUCCUUUCUUCAUUUGAAUUACUUGAACGAACUGGAAUCUGGCAGUCAACCGAAAUACAGGGUCUGCAUAAUAAGUAACCGGACUGACCUCAGGAAAUUUUGUAUGGGCAAAAUAUGUACAAUUUUUCAUCAGAUAUCUUCAAAGUAGUCCCUAUUGGAGUCGAUAACGAGCUGAUACCGGAUUUUUAAA